GGCUUAAGAAACUGCUUCACAGACGUUUAUUCGUUGGCUAAGUAGAAGACGCACUAUGUAGGCUUGUUUCGUAGGUGUAAGCAAGUGUAUUUUGCGUAAUGAGAUUGCUCAGUUUUGAUAAUUUCGUCUCUGCCGUAACAGUCAUGUGCUUAUUUCCACCUAGUCACUGUGAAAAAUCCAAUGUAUUUGCAUAAAUUAUAUAAUAGCAACAUUGUUAUGGUGAGAAUUAUCAGCUAGCCCUCCUCAUCAAAAUCUUUGGCACCAAAGUGUGAAGAUGUAGUAGGAUGGAAUCUAGAUCCACUGACUGAAACUUAUGGAUUGUCUUUCUACAUGCAGUACCUCGCUCACUGGCCUGAAUAUUUUCAAGUGGCAGAAUCACCAAAUGGGGAAAUCAUGGGUUACAUUAUGGGCAAGGCAGAGGGCCACGGAGAAAGCUGGCAUGGUCACGUGACAGCACUGACGGUGUCACCAGAGUACCGUCGACUGGGGUUGGCAGCAACUCUAAUGGCCUGGCUCGAAGACGUGUCUGAGAAAAAGCGCGCCUACUUUGUUGAUCUGUUUGUACGUGUCUCCAACAAAGUUGCAAUAAACAUGUACAAGACCCUAGGGUACAUCGUAUACAGAACUGUUUUGGAAUACUAUUCAGGUGAUCCUGAUGAAAAUGCUUUUGAUAUGCGGAAAGCGCUAUCUAGGGAUGUGAAGAAAAAAUCGAUGAUUCCGCUGACUCAUCCUGUACGACCAGACGAAGUGGACUGACGACAAGUUGUCUACUGAAUGUCCGUCGGCAGGGUGUUUGACAUUCAGUAGAUUGCUCUAUGUGAAAAACUGUCAAAGCAUUUCGUAGGCAACAAAAUACCUCUGCUAAUUCUGGUUCAAAACAAUCUGACUGAAAAUACAAACCGAAAAUUUUCAUUUCUCGAGUGAUUUCUACUGUGUACUACUUCACAAGUUUUGUACUUUUAAACUGAAAUGUGCAGAAUGUUGAAUAUACACCUGAGCAUUGGAGAAGAAACAAUUGUCUGAACUAUAAGUGCGUGCGAGAAAUAAAGUUUUUCAGUAACAGGGAACAACCCUGUGCCUUGGCA